AUGGAUGUAGAAUAUGCUUAUACAAAAAAAAGGAUGCAUUUUGGGAAGAAAUGCAAUUUCUCCGAUUCCAAUAAAACGGAGAUGAAAAUCAGUUCUAAUUCAGCACUAAUGAACAAUUACGUCAGGUUGGAUCCUGUGAUACACGCAACACAAUGCAGUAAAACAUAUGCAGUUCACGAGAUAAAUACUACUACUGCAACUUACAAGGACAACAAGAUGUUUCAUUAUGAGGGUGGCUGGCCAAAGGACAUAAACAUGAAAGAUUUAGAACAGACGGUCAGAUAUAGACGCAAAAUUGAGAAAGACGAAUUGUAUAUUCAUACAAUGCUUCAGUUAUUACCUUCGAUGGAGCACUGUAUACUGCAGAACAACGCUUGCAAUAUCUAUGAACAUUAUUUUGCCGAUGUGGAAGCAAUCUCGCUGAUACAGAGAGCUUUCUCGCGCACAGUAAACGUUUAUCGCGAUCCUUCAACAGUGAAACGGCAGAUCACUCACUUGUCGUGGUCACCGGAUCAAGGUAAUCGCUUUGCAGCUAGUUAUUGCAAUACCGAUUUUAAGAAUUCCAGCAGCAACAACGCGUCGUACAUUUGGGAAGUGGAGAAUCCAAAUAAUCCAUAUAUGACAUUGAAAACAUUAUGCUCUAUCUUAACGUUGGAAUACAGUCCUAAAGAUAACAAUAUCCUAGUGGGUGGUUUAAUGACCGGACAAGUGUCUUGCUGGGACAUUAGAAGAGGAUUAGAAGCGGUGGACAUUAGUUCGAUCGAGUCCAGUCACAGAGAUCCUUGCGACAAGACUCUGUGGAUUAACUCUAAAACUGGCACCGAGUUCUUCAGUGCGUCGAAAGACGGACAGAUAAAGUGGUGGGACACCAGGAAGCUACAGAUUCCUACGGAGACGUUGGUGAUAGAUCUGUCAAGACCGGAAGAUCAGAACGUGGAUAAAGCGAUCGGUAUCUCUGCUCUCCAAUUUGAAUCGUCAAUAGGAACGCGUUUUAUGUGCGGUUUGGAAAACGGUGUCGUGAUAUCGGGCAAUCGCAAGGGUAAAACACCCGGUGAGAAAAUUGCGACAAGAUUUAAGGCUCAGUACGGGCCAGUUAUAAGUUUGGAAAGAAAUCCGAUGUUUGUGAAGAAUUUUUUGACAGUUGGCGAUUGGACCUCGAGAAUUUGGUCGGAAGACUGCAGAGAAUCCUGCAUAGCCUGGACACCUGGUCACCGAGAUUUUCUUACGGGUGGCGCGUGGAGCGCUACACGUUAUUCUGUGUACUAUCUCAUCAAGACGGACGGAACUUUAGAUGUGUGGGAUUUUUUAAUCCAACAAGAUUCUCCAGUUCUUAGUAUAAAGGUGUGUGACGAGAGUUUAACGUGUUUACGACCUCAUGAACAAGGACAAUUAGCUGCAGUCGCGAAUAAAAGAGGUUCAACUUAUCUGAUUGAAUUUUCAGAGGCUUUGACAGUUAAUCAGAAAAACGAUAAAAUGUUGUUAACUGCAGUGAGUAUUACAGAGCGACCUUCAUUGCUUAGUUAAUCUGUGCCGGCCUGGUAAUCAAAAGAUCUCAGAUUCGAAUCCGAUUAAAAUCCGCAUUCGAAUUU